CGGCCGGGCCGACGGGGUAAGGCCCCUGAUCCUUCCCAUCCCCCGCUAAGCACGCCGGGCUCUCAGCCCGGGCCCGCCCGGGCCCCGGGCCGGGGGGCGGGGGCCGGCAGUCGUAGUGCGGCACUCGAGGUGGAAGUGGAAGGAUACCCAGCUCUGAGGACGAAACAUCGAGCCUCUCCUGUUUGUCAGAGCCACCCAGACCCAGCCACCGUAGCUCAUGGAUCUGCUGCCGGACGACGUGCUGGCCAUGGUCAUGUCGCGACUGGAUGUGGAGGACCUCUUGGCGUGCCGCCUUGUGUGCAAGCGUCUGGCUGGCCUGGCCCAGCACCCCGACGUGUGGCGGCGUCGAUGGAUUGGCGUUGGCGACCCGCUCUCCCUCCAGCUCUACGGUCCCAUGCCGUGGUUGUGCCAGGAGCUCCGCCUGGCGCCGUGCGUGCGCGAGAUCUGGACCGCUGUUCCUCUGCUAUCGGCGGCGUGUCGCCACGGUGACCUGCGGACGACGUCUUGUGCCGCCAGAGUGUUGGCGAUCACUGUGCGGAAAUUCGGGCCCAAGCACGUCGCGAAAGCCGUCCAGAUCGUCAACCAGCAGGUGGCGCUCGGGCGGCUGCGGGAAGUGAGGCUAACCCUGAGGGCACGUUCCUUCAUUCCGCCUAAAGACGCCAUGGACUUACUGUUUGGGACGCUGGCCUCAACGCCCGGCCUGGAGAUGGUCAGUAUCGAGGGGAAGUGCGGGAACCUGGGCGACAGGACAUGGAUCCCGCCUGGGACCGGUCAGCGCGGCACCAUCACGCCGUCCUUGAGGACUUUCCGCUGCGAGAUGGUCCCCCGGCCGCCAGAGCCCUUCUGCGACUACAUGCUGGCCGGGCACGCCGCGACCUUGGAGGAGGUUCACAUCGGCUACCGCCAUAUGUUCCUCUCGUCCUCCGCGUCCACGACCCUCGCCUCGACCUCGACGGCGCGCCUGCUCGCCGGCAUGCCCAACCUCCGCAAGCUGAGCUGCCCACUGAUGCCCGGGCUGGGGCGGGUGGCGGCGUGCGAGUCGCUCAGGGAGCUGGAGCUCACCGUGCAGCGUGACACCGAGGCCAACGUCCACGGCGUCUUGGAGCUCCUCCGCAGCGCGCUCCAGAUCCGCUCCCUCCACCUCCACUUCCCUAACCGACCUCGUGGAGCUGACGACGAUAAGGUUGACGACAGUGAAUUCGGCGUGGAGCUGAUUAGUGAACUCGCGUCGACCGGACGCUCCCAAGUGCAGACGCUGUCCAUCGAUGUCGAUGUCGAGGGCUUGUACUCUCAGACCCUUCUCGUACCUCACCUGGCGACCCGGCUGCCCUCGCUGCCGGCCCUGCGACGCCUCGUGCUCAGAGUAGUGGAUCCAGCCCCGGUGGUUGCUGCCAUUAGCCCACUAACCGCCCCGUCCCUGCGGAGCAUCCAUAUACUUGACAAUUACACUCACAGUCACAUGUGCUCUCACGAAUUUCUACACGGAAGGGAGCUCGGUGUGCUUCUGUCGAGGAACCCCUUGCUUCACGUUGUGGUAGAGUACUCCACCACGGGCUGCCCCAAAUCCGAAGACGAUGAGGACUCGGAUGAGGACUCGGAUGAGGAGGACCUGUACGAGGAGAAGUGCAACGCGUGUCAACUGAACUGCCACAAAGAACUUGAGGGACUUAAUAAGGGUGAGGAGGAUCCCAAAUUCGUUGGCGUUUUCACGCACCCUACAGGCCAGUGUCCCUGCCCAGAAUAUCACGCUUCUGAUUGGAUUUGGAUUCACAUCAACGAUAUUCAACCUGUGUAUUGAUUUAUCAUUUCUGUGUAGUGAAACAUUCAGUGCAAAUUUGACAUAAUUGAUUCUGCUCAGCGUUUCAACCAAUGAAUAAAUGCUUAUUAUGUAAAUU